AUGGCUGUACAGGUCGAAGUAAAAAAGGAAGAUGAAAUUACAUUUCACAGUAUCAAUUUCAUUAAAGCAGAUAUAAUCGACGAAGAAAAUGAUACAUCAGCUCAAUAUGUAUUAGAAGGAAGGGUUUUUCCGCUAUCAGAUUCCCAACAAAAACAAUUUAAUUGGCAAGCUAACGCAAGAAUUCAUGUGAACGGUGGAGAGUAUUUAGGGUUUGUAAGAAAAGAUGGCUCUUUCACAAUACAAAAUGUACCUGCUGGAUCUUAUAUUGUUGAAGUACUACAUCCAGAAUUUGCUUUCGAGCCAGCUAGAGUGGAAAUCAAUUCCAAAGGAAAAUUCAGAGCUAGAAAAGUAAAUCAUAUUAAAACUUCAGAAGUCAUGGUUGUACCAUACCCUUUGAGGAUGAAAGCAUUGGGAAAAACUCGUUAUUUCCAACUAAGAGAACAAUGGAGGAUAACAGAUCUGCUUUUUAAUCCCAUGGUCAUGAUGAUGGUAUUGCCACUACUUUUGAUUAUGGUCUUGCCAAAAAUGAUGAAUGAUCCAGAAACAAAAAAAGAAAUGGAGCAAAUUCAAAAUAUGGCCAAAUUUGAAAUGUCUGAUAUGGUAUCAAAUUUCUUGGCUGGUUCUUCUCAAGCUGAUAAAACUGAUAAAGGUCAAGUUCUUAAUAAGAAAAAUCAAAAAAUCAGAAAAAGGAUAGAGAAAUAAUAUUAAUUAUUAGUUAUUUAAUGACUAGAAUUAGAAAUUAAACUAAAGUCACAUAGGUAAUAUUUGUUUUUACUAUUUAAAGACCUUGUAUUUAUUUGUCUAUAAAAUAUGAAAUAAUUUGUGAAUAGAACAAAAAUGUAUUUGGUAUUUUUACAUUUUAUUACUAAAAUUGUAAAUUGAACUAGUCUAAAAUAAAAUACAAGUUGGUCUCUAUAAGUUCCUACUGAACAAGCUACCCUAUCAAUUUAUUUUGUGGUGCUGCAUUACAUCCAAUGAUGAACAACUACUAGACUAAUUUUGUUUACAAUAAUCGAAAUGCAAACAUUGAAAGUGUCAUCCAAGUAGAUGUCAAAUAAUUAUGAGAGAGUAUGGAAUAAUUAUUACUGGCAUAGGUCAAAAAACUUAGAAAAAUUAAGUCAGGUAAAUUUCUUGGUCUAAUAGUAAAAAACAUUGACUGUUUAAAAAUCAGACUUUUUUGUCAUUCAAACUCUUUUGUAAACUUUUAAUUUGCUCUUUAUACAUUAUCUUUUGCUUGUAUAUCUACUAAUAUAAAGAAAUAUGUUUACCAAAACAAUAAUUUCAAGUCAAAUUACUUAUUUUGAUGAUCAUUUGUGCACUUCAGAACAACUCCUUCAGCUACCAUUCUUCCUAAUAAUUUUGCUGUAUUAUUUGCAUCAUGUAAACCACAAUGUUCUCUUCCUUCAAAUUCAAGGCCGACUUCAAAUAAAGCACCAAGUAGCCCUUUUGGUUUUCUCAUAUAAUGCAUUCUAUAAAGAGCUCUAACAUCUAGCCAUCUGCUAAAUAUUUCUGGUAGGUUUAUUUGUUUACGCCUACAUUCAUUUUUAAGACAGUUUCCUAAAUCCCAAUCAGACCAAGUAGCAAAUAUGCAUCUAUUACUUAUUGGAGCUGUGGUUUCAAAGGAAAUUCCGUAUUUACUUUUGAUACUUUCUAACCAACUCUUAAAUAACAUCAUGCAGGUUUUUAUCGGAACUCCAUUGUCAACUUGAUGUUGAGUAAUACCAGUUAAGUUGUUGCAAAACCUGCUUAAUUUUGGAUAUUCUGUCGGCAUAACGUAUUGAUGAAAGUAUGUAACUAUAGAAGCUUCUUCUACAUUAUAUAAAACACAAGGGAAUUCGAUGAUUUCUGUAUAUCCUCUAUUAUUAUCAUUUCUCUCCCAACAAGUGGCCUCAAAAUCUAUUAUUAAUACAUACUUGAAUUGUUGCUUCCUGCAUGUUUCUUUUAAUUCAUUUUGAACAACAAUUAAUUCCGUACAAUUAAGAGUUCUAGCUAAAUCCAAAAGUUUCAUUCCUUGAUGAUGAUAAUAAUUUAAUAAUAUUUAAAUUCUGUUUGAAAAUAUCGCAUCAAGAUCCGUUAAGUUCGGACUUCGGACAGUGUUGCCAGUUCCC